GCUCUUCUACAUCAUUACCAGCACUCUUUGUACAACAAUUGGCGUUUUCCGCAGUGUAGAAGAGUCGCCAAACAUCUAAAUAUGUCUGGAUUGAGGAUAUUAGUGCCCGUCAAGCGGGUCAUUGACUAUGCGGUCAAACCCCGGGUAAACCGCACGCAAACCGCUGUCGAAACCGCAAACGUCAAGCACUCGAUGAAUCCCUUUGACGAACUCUCCAUCGAGGAAGCGGUCCGCAUGCGCGAAAAGAAAGCACACCACGCCAGCGCCCCCACAGUCGAAGACAUUGUCGCCUUCUCGGCCGGCGUCGCAAAAUCGCAAGACAUCCUCCGCACAGCCAUGGCCAUGGGCGCCGACCGCGGCAUCCACGUUGUUGUUGAGGAAAAAGACGCCCUCGAGCCCCUCGGCGUCGCAAAGCUCCUCCGCAAAGUCGUCGAGGAGCAAAAAAGCAACCUCGUUAUCCUCGGCAAGCAAGCCAUUGACGACGAUGCUGGGCAAACAGGACAAAUGCUCGCCGGCCUGCUGAACUGGCCGCAAGCCACACAAGCGUCCAAGGUCACUAUCAAGGACCAGUCCGUUGAGGUGGUGCAGGAGGUAGAUGGCGGUGUGCAGACGAUCAAGGCCAAGCUGCCAAUGGUUAUCACAACAGAUCUACGACUCAAUGAGCCGCGCUAUGCUAGUUUACCGAACAUCAUGAAGGCGAAGAAGAAGCCGCUGGAGAAGAAGAGUCUGAGUGAUUAUGGACUGGAUUCCGAGGUUAGGCUCAAGACGGUCAAGGUUACGGAGCCGGAGCCAAGGAAGGGCGGUGUCAAGGUUGAGGAUGUGGAUGGUAUGAUUAGCAAGUUGAAGGAACUUGGUGCUUUGUAAGAGAGAAAGAGGAGGGGAAAAAUAUAUGUGUAUUACCAUCACGAAUAGAAAUGGAAAUGAUUGAAUAGAGCAGGUGCGACAAUAGGAUCGUAUCUGAUAUCAUGUUCAAUCUGCAUAUUU